AUGGCUCCUACUGCUUCUGUUGCUGUGCAGGCCCAAGCUCCGUGGCCCGGGUCUGAUUUCCAUCGACCUACACUUGAACUAUUGCCUCUAGCCACACAAAGUCAGCUUCAUGAUAUCCGCCGACAGACAAACGAGGAAGGCCUAGUCUCUCAAAUUGCUGCUGGUCUCCGAUCUGAGGAAAAGGAGUUGCCGUCUCUACUGCUUUGGAACGGACAUGGCUUGCAGCUUUUUGAUGCUAUCCUUGACUCUGGAAAGUACUAUCCUGCCGUCAGAGAGCCAGAGUUGCUGUCCACCUGUAUGCCGAAGAUAGCACAUAGCAUAUCCUCUGGAGAAAGGGUCAUUGAGCUUGGUGCUGGAAAUAUGCGCAAAACGGCGCUUCUUCUUCGGACCCUGGAAAUGCAACACAAACAUGUGGAUUAUUUUGCAUUGGACGUUAGCCGCUCCUCACUCCGGUCCAGCAUCCGUGAGCUGGUAGGGCUAUUUCCCUGGAACCCGAAGACCAAGAUCCAUGGUCUACUGGGGACGUACGAGGACUGUAUUUCCUGGCUACACAGUCAGAAUGACCAGAAGAGCCCAGUGACACUAUUAUGGCUCGGUAACAGCAUUGCCAACUUUACACCCAGCGAGGCAUCGAACCUCAUUGAGCGCUUUUUCCGCGCCGGUCAAGCAUCCACAGUGCCUGUCCAGAUGAUUGCCGGUAUCGACGGCUGUCAAAGACAAGAUGAGAUUGUCGAGUCCUAUGAAAAUGAAAAGUCACGCAAUUUCAUCCUGAACGGACUGGAUUUCGCAAACAACCUGCUGGGCACAAAGACAUUUUUGACCCAAGACUGGGACUUUUGUGGUCAAUGGAAUGUGAAGGAGUGGAUGCAUGAAAGCUUCUACGUUGCUCGACGCGACCUUUGCCUCAAUAUUGAGGAAGAACAAUUCCGCAUCAGAUCCGGGGAGCGAGUGCGUGCCAUUCGAAGUGGGAAAUGGCCACUUUUCAAGGUGGCAGAUAUCUGUGCCGCAGCAAACACUUCGAUCGCCGAUACUUGGAGUAAUCAAGAAGGCUCAUAUGGGGUCUACCUAAUGAAAAGCUCACUACAUUGA